AUGCUGUCCCAGGCACCACUUACCGUAGUAAUCCUAUGCUACAAGUACAACUACUUUCUGUGUACGGAGUACUCCGUGCUCCGUUCUCGAUACUCCGGUAGUGUUACAAACCAACACACGAACUUGUGUACUUACAUGUACUCCCUAAACGGGUCGGGGAAACCUACGCCAUCAACUGCCGGCACGAUACACAUACUAAUUCGCCUCCGUCAUCACUUCUUCCGUCGCUCUUCGGUGGAUUUGGUUCCAAAUACAGCGCCUGCUCCGUGCUCAUUGUCUCCUUCUCCCUUGCGCAUCAUCGACUUCGCCUUCCUCUUGCUCCUCAGCCUCCUCGCCACGCCUACCGACCUCCCGACCUACAAACCUACCGACCUACGAACCUACGAACCUACCGACGUAGGGACCUACUGGCCUGCUGACCUACCAUCACCAGUCAUCGGCCAUGUAGACGGACGCUGCAGCGAAAGCUUCAGCCACUCCAAACACGCCUGCCUGCCAUGUCCAUCAUUCAGCUGGAUGAGUACGAAAGCGCUCCAUGGGCUGACGGCUCCCUUCGGACAGUUCGCUAAGUUGUCUCGCAGGCUUGUGUCAUAUCAGCUGCGGACGGGCUACCUUAAUGAAAUCGCCGACGGCGUCGGUGAGCGGCUUCUCACCGUGAACGAUGCAUUCCUCAAUUCGACGCCGUUCAAGGCCUCGGGUUGGCGGCCCAGCUCGUCGCACAUCAAGCGCACCCAUUCGCCCCCGAUCCCGACCGCCGUCGCCUCGGAGUACUUCCAGGCACCGCGUCAGGCUGGCCUGACGCUCGACGAUGGCGACGACGAUGGCGGCAUGCUCACGGGUGGCGGGGCGGACACCAUGGGGCCCGGCAUGGCGACUAAGAGGCGCAGGCGUCGGGAGCAGAUGGAGGAAGACAGCAGCGAUCUGAGCGACGACAGCGACGACGAGCACGAGCAGCGGGCCGCCCAGCAGAUCAAGUUCGCCAAGAUGCCCGUCCGACAGCGGGCCGGCUCGUCGCCCAUCCAGGUGUCGUCGCUCAAGCAGCAGCCGUCGCCGCGAAGCAACCGCCGAGGGUCCCAGUCGGCGUUGGAGACGGUGCGUGAGCGGCCUCGUCGCGACACCUUCACGAGCAGCUACGUAUCGUCCGAGAACGAGUUUGACCUGCCGGCCGCCCACAGGCAUCGGGAGGCGGCCCGUGCCGCGGCGAAGGCGCUACGGCUUCAGGAGAAGAUCAGCGAGGAACCGAGGGCCAGCAUGCAUCGGGCCGACACCGACGGGCCGCCCGAGGAGGACGACGAUUCGGACGACGGCUCCGACGUGUCGGGAGACUACGUCGGCAGCAUCGACUCCGCCUCCAUCCUGGAUGGCGUUGAGAACCCGAUGAACGCUUCGCCGACGCAGGCCGUGAUCGGCACCCUGCCGCGAAAGUUUACGAGGCAACCCACGAUCCGCCGAUCCAACGCGCCCGCCAAGCCGGUCAUCCUCGGGGCCCUGCCGCCGCCUCGUCCGAUGAGCACCCUCCGACCGCUCAGCGUCAUCCAGCCGCACAGCUUGUUGACGGCGGCGCUCAGGGCGAAGCAGGACAAGCCGUCGGUGCCGUUUCAGAAAUUUGCCCACUUCAGCGGCCAGGGGACGCAGGGAUCCAUCAACGUCCGCAUCUACGCCUCCUUUUCGGACCUGCCGAGCAAGCCGUUCGAGGUUCGCAUCCGACCGCGCGUGCAGGACGGCCAAGGCGCAGAGCGCAUCGUCACCGUCGCCGACCUCAUCGGGCUCGGCUUGUACAGGUACAACGAGGAGAAACGGGAGCCUCCGCUGGCUCCAGACAAGGUCAACAUCAACUGGUGGACCCUGAGGAUGGUGGAGGAGGGAGGCGAAGUGGACGAUGACUUCCCGCCCUUUGAGAGGACGAAACCGCUGACGUCGUUCACGACGGUCAACAACGCCGGCGCUCGCGGCGGCGGCAGGUUACGAUCCAACUCGAAGGCUUUCGACGACUUUGCCCUGGUGCCCGCGACGAAGAAGGAGUUUGACGAGAACGCGGCGCUGACGCCGCAGGAGGACGGCGGCGAGGAUGACGAGGAGCCGGGCCCGGCGGCGGGGGCGGCGGUGCAGGGUGCCGGUCGGGAAGCCGAUGGGAAUCUCAGGAUCGCGCCAGCCGCCGGCGUCUCACCGGCGCCCCCGGUGGCCGAGGCGCCGGCGAGACCGAGGCAGAACCCGAUUGUGUUUACGACGUACCGGUCCAACACGCCGCUGGCGGAUGCGCCGCAGGCUCCGGCGGCCGCCCCCAACACGAUGCGCGGCCAGCAGAAGCUGCUCCGGGUCCACCUCCUGUCGGCCGACGUGCCGUCGGGGCAGAUGGUGACGGUCGACGUCACGACGGACACGUACCUCGCCGAGGUACUGGAUCUCGUCUGCCGCAAGAGGCAGCUCGACAAGGCGAACCACGUGCUCAAGCUGCCGGGCUCGGGAGCCGUCGUCAUGAUCGACCGGCCCGUGUCGUCGAUCGGAAACGUGUCCGACCUCGAGCUCUACCGACGACGGUUCGCGACCGACGGUCCCUUGAGCAUGACGGGUUCGCCGAGCGGCGCGUCGCCGAAGCCGAUGCCGCUCGGCGACGGCCAGGGCGUGGCGCAGCGCAAGGGCCACAAGAAAGGCCAGGUUCAGGGGCCGCACCCGCUCGCGCGGGAGACGCCGAAGCAGGACGAGCUGGCAAACGCCAACUACAAGAAGUACACGGUCUGGCGGAAGCAGCCGAUGCGCCUCGUCGGCAUGAGCGAGCGGAUCCUCGUCAUCGACGGCGAGUACAUCCACAUCGUGCCGGCGUCGGGCGGCAAGGCGGUGCACGACGGAACCGGCAAGACGACGACGGUGCACUUUAGCAACGUCAUCGGGUGCAAGGUGCCGCGGAAGCACCCGACGAACGUCAAGCUCGUCAUCUACAAGGCCACGGAAAGCAAGCGAUAUGACUUUGAGGCCCGAGGCGCAGACGAAGCGGCCGAGAUUGUGGCGGAGCUGAAGAAGGGCAUCUCGCCCUAUCGCGAGGUGUAA